AAACGACACCCCACCCCACCUCGCCCGUCAACCUCCUUAUUCUUAUUAUUCUCAUCCAAAUUUGCUGUUUGCGAAUCAUCAAAAUCUUUUUUUUUUGUUUUCAUUUUCGCACCAAAUUCAGCUCCGCCUUUCUUCUCAACGAGGGCAGGCAGUUAUACGAGUUUCAAGUAUAAGAUUCCAGUAGUUUGUUUUUGUCCAAGUACCUUAAGUGGAGAAUGAUCCGAAGGUAUGGAGCGUAAUAAUGUACAUGUUAUACCAUGUUGAAGUGCUUAGAAGGUUUAUGUGCUUCCGUGCUUCAGUGUUGUGAAAUCGAUAGGCAAACGAGGGGCCUCGAGGAUCCUGAAAUUCUUGCGCGUGAGACAGUGUUUAGUGUAAGUGAAAUUGAAGCACUUUACGAGCUUUACAAGAAGAUCAGCAGUGCUGUGAUUGAUGACGGGCUGAUCAACAAGGAAGAAUUUCAACUAGCAUUAUUCAAGACAAACAAAAAGGAGAGUUUGUUUGCAGAUCGGGUUUUUGACUUGUUUGAUACAAAACAUAAUGGGAUUCUUGACUUUGAGGAGUUCGCCCGUGCGCUAUCUGUAUUCCAUCCUAAUGCUCCUAUUGAUGAAAAGAUUGAAUUUUCUUUUAGAUUGUAUGAUCUCAAACAGCAAGGUUUUAUUGAAAGACAAGAGGUAAAACAAAUGGUGGUUGCUACUCUUGCUGAAUCUGGUAUGAACCUGUCAGACGAAGUUAUUGAGAGCAUCAUUGACAAGACAUUUGAGGAAGCUGAUACAAAGCAUGAUGGUAAGAUCGAUAAAGAAGAGUGGAGAAGUUUAGUCUUGCGGCAUCCGUCUCUUUUGAAAAAUAUGACGCUUCAAUAUCUCAAGGACAUCACCACCACAUUCCCAAGCUUUGUUUUCCAUUCAAGAGUUGAGGAUACCUGAUCCAUGAAGUUGGAAGUAACCACCAACCUUGCUGGGCUUGGUGUUUAUUUUCUGGAAGACGUUGCAGAUUGAAUUGUGAUGUUUUUAUGUUUUCGAUAUUGAUAAGAACCAUAACUGGUUGGACGUAUAUCUGAUAAAAAUUUUAGUUGGUUGAAUGAAUGAAUUACUGUCCAUAGUAAAGCAAUCAAAGUUAGAUUUAGCA